GCCGAGCGACCGCCGAGAGCUGGCCGCUUCGGGCGCUGUUGGGCAUGGCGAGCAGCGGGGGAGGCGCGGCUGCGGCGGCGCGGAUGGACCCGGAGGCGGCGACGGAGCUGGCGCGGAAGGGGGUCACGCUCCUGCUCCUCGACGUGCCCCAGCACACCCUCCUCGGCCUCGACACCCAGGUGUUCUCGGUCGGCCCCAGGUUCAGAGGGAUCAAGAUGGUGCCCCCAGGCCCGCACUUCCUCCACUACUGCUCCCGCAGCAGGCACGGGAAUGAGUUCGCGCCGACAGUCGGGUUCUUUCUUACUACUCACCCAUCUCAGGUGGUCGUUCGAAGAUGGCAUGCUCAAGAGGAGAGACUAGUGACACUAUCAGAAGAGGAGGAAAUCAGAUACUCUGAAGCAGUAAAACGUUUCGAGUUCGAUGAUCAGCUUGGACCAUACAAUUUGGAUUCUUUUGGAGACUGGAAACAACUUUCAAGCUACUUGUCACAAAGUGUCAUUGAACGCCUUGAGCCAAUUGGUGGAGAAAUUACAAUUGCAUUGGAGACAUCAUGGAUGGAUAGAGCUCCCCAAACAGAUAUGGAGAGACGAUUGAUGGAACAACUUAGAGAAGACAAAUUUGCAAAGAAAGCCCCUGCACAGCCUGAGAGGAGAGGAUGCUAUUACACAACUAUCCCAGCUUCGGUUAAGCACAGAAACAUUUCUGCAGAUGAGCUGACUUUGCUGAAUUUGGACAGAACAAGCUUGCUGGAGACUGUCUUGGCCAAAAAUUAUCAAGGCCAAGAAGAUUUACUCUUGGGGGAGCUGCAGUUCUCUUUCGUAGCGUUUAUGAUGGGACAGUCACUGGAGGCGUUUAUGCAGUGGAAAGCAUUAGUCAGUCUUCUUUUGAGCUGUAGCGAAGCUCCACUUCAUACAAGGACACAAUUGUUUGUAAAGUUUAUUAGGGUUAUUUACUACCAGUUCAAGCAUGGCUUUCAACUUACACAUGAUUCCAGAAGUAGUGAGGACAAGGGGAAUUCUUUGUUUCUGGACGAAGCAUGGUUUUCAAGAGACAUAUUCCUUUACCGGCUUUCCAAGGAUUUCUUGGCGGUAAUAUUUGAAGCUCAAGUCGUGGAUGGGGACCUUCUGUCAUGGGCUAGGAAACUGAAGACGCUCCUGGAGACCACGUUUGGGUGGGAUCUCGAGAACAACGCGGUGAACCUUAUCGAUGAGGACGAUGAGUUUGCUCCCGUGGUCGUGGAGAUGGACGGCUCCUAGGGCGCGCACAUUCCACGGAAUCUCACGACGGUGGACGCACCGAGUUUUAGCAAGUAACAAAGGGACAUGGUGAGGUUAUCAGCUGGCUGCUACUCUUUCUGAAGAUGGAUGCUUAGCUUCUACUGUCAGAAGAGAAGGAUGGAUACUUGCUUUGCACUGGCAUUCUUAGUAGUAGUUCCCCGAACGUUGACUGCAAAUAUGCGAGGAUUUCCAACUUGCUGGUUGCAUCACCAGGACAGUAGUUUGGAAAUUCAUCCUAGGCUUUGCAGAUUGACCGUGGCACUACCGGAUUCCGUAGGCUUUGCGGAUUGUGGGCUUUUAUUUCCACCAUCGCUCUCUCCAAUAUGGCAUGAAAACAAAGGAAAAGGUUUUCUGGACAACACGAUCCCGGCUAAAUCCGUUCGUGUCGGAGCAAACAUUUCGACGCCAUGCCCGGCAUGAUCGCCCGCUCAGAAAGACGGCGACAUAAAAUUGAUUUGCAAAGCGGAAUACCCUGGUGGGGAAAUAAUUUGAAGUGCAUUGCAAAUUGAAAUCAAUUUGAGCACAGCUUCAGCGGUCGGUGUGGACUGGAUCAGAACCGUCGACCAUCACGCUAACAACAAUAACCAAGAUGAAGCCGCACUCCACUUGUCUCUAUGAAUCUUCCAUGUGCCUGGCAACAGGCCUGGUCACUUGUUCAGUGGUAAUGGAAUCUGCCGGCAUGUGUCUGCCGCCCUCAUUAACCUCGGGAUGACGGCAGUAAUUAAUGUGGUGACUGGCGACGCACCUCAUCACCACCAAGCUUGAGAGAUGCUUUGAAGUUUGAAGUAGUACUAGUUUUACCUUU